CGCUGCGGUCCAAUCGCAGUCGAUCCGCGGCGUCUUUCAAUCCACGGCUGUCCGAGGACCGCGCGCGUUCCGACCAUCACUCGUGUCGCACACGUUCGCCCGUCGACACGCGCGUGCUCAACCACACACACACACUCACACACACACGUACUCCACGAUGCGUUGCUCCGGCCAUCGCGGUAUUUCGGUCGUCACCGCUGUCGUUCUACUCCAACUGACCGCUCUAACAAGCGGUGCAGAAUACUAUGGAAAAUUCUUGAGCUCUUUUAAAUCCUAUCAUCACGGUUUAGGUGGAGAUGUAUACGCAGUGGAUGCUAGAACAUUACACAUCAGAAAUUUUGUAUAUGACGGCGAGGGACCAGCUGCAUAUUUUUACGGUUCCAACGGCAAACAACCAGGUAUCAACGGUUACAGGAUUCGUGACGAGAAAGCAUCAACUAACCCACUGAAACGGUAUAGGAACGAACACUUGACAAUCACUCUGCCCGAGGGUUUGACACUGCACGAUAUCAAGUGGUUUUACGUUUGGUGCGAAGACUUCUCGGUAAGUUUUGGUGAUGUGAAAAUUCCUCAUAAUUUGGACUAUCCAAAACCUCAAAAAAUUGAUGGUUUGUCGGGAAUUCAUGGAGUUUCUUCAGAAAACAUAGUAGUAGUUGAUGCUCAGACUUUGCUGAUUCCAGGAUUUUCCUACGAUGGAGAAGCACCAGAUGCCAAGUUUUGGGUGGGCGCCGGCGACAAACCGACUCCACAGGGUAUUAAAGUGGCAGACGAGAACGGGAAAGAAGGGCCCUUGCGACGGUAUGACCAUAAGACGAUCGUACUCACGUUACCGGGUGAUCUGACCAUAUUUGAUAUCGGUCAUUUUGGUGUAUGGUGUGAGGCAUUCACCGUAGACUUUGGCCAUGUGACCCUUCCAUCGGUUCUUAGCGUGCCACCAUCGCUGAAAAUGCUCGGUGUUCUGCCACAGUCAAAAUUAAACUGUGAAGUAUUACACGAUCCUUUAGGAUACGAAGUGCGAUGGGCAAUAGCAGGUGACAGCAUUGUAGUUCAGUUGGUGGCUAAGUUAGAAGCCAACCAAUACAUGGCUUUUGGUAUUUCCGGUUCGCCAACGACAAACCGUAUGGUCGGAGGUGACGUAGUCGUUGCCGGAGUGGACCAAAGUACAAUUAGUGGUUUUGCUCAGGACUAUUACUUGCUGGACAAAUCACAAUGCAUUGUACAACAAGAAACUGGACAAGUCAGUGGCAGUUGCCCCGAUUCUAACAUUCAGGGUCCGGCCGGUGAAAGUGUUCGUUUGUUGAAUGCGGCCAUAGUCAACGGAUACUCGAUAGUCACGUACCAGAGACCAUUGAAGUCCAAGGAUAAUCUCGACUCACCCAUAUUGACUAAUAACAGUCAGGCGAUCAUAUGGGCAAUUGGUCCUUUGAACGACAAACACGAAGUCUCGUAUCACCCAGUGUUCUCCAAAGAAACAAUAAAAAUUAAUUUUGGCCGUUUACCAGAAUGGAACUGUCCUAUUCCAGACACCGAUGCUAAAUCGGUUACAGUUCAUAACGAUAUUACAACUGUACAAAGUAUACCAGACGUAACAACCAGUCAAAAUUCAGUGAAAGAGGUAACCCCUGUUAAGAAAAUCCGCCCUCGUCCGGUUCCCAAACCCGCUCCAGUGGAAAACAACGUUGCGUGGGACAUCCCAGCAAUACAAUGUUACGAGCCAGAUGAUGGUGUUUUCUACGCUCAGAUGGGUCCCACGGGAGGAAAACACGGUUAUUCUGCUAUUACAGGUCACGUCGGUUGGGGCAUUUCUUGGUAUAUUAACGGACUACUUAUACCGGAAAUAAAUGUCGUUAGAGGACAAACGUACACGUUUGUCGUCGAAGGAGGAUUGGAUCCAGAAAUACCAGCGAAAUACCACCCAUUUUAUAUCACUGACGAUCCUGUUGGUGGUUACGGUUACAAGACGGCCGAAGAAAGAGAGAACAUCCGAGUGUUUGCCGGAGUCAGCGUUAGCAAGUCGGGAGAAGUGAUCCCCACGGGAAUCGGUCGCUUGUGCAAUUGGACUCCGGACCCGCAACAGCCUUCGGCAGACGAAUUCGUCUCCUUCGGCGCUUACCAGAGGACGUUGAGCUUAGCCUGCGACAACGGGGAUCCCGGAAUAGUGCAAUGGACCCCAGACGCGGAUACACCAGACACGGUCUACUAUCAGUGUUUCACGCACCGCCACUUGGGUUGGAAAAUCAACGUAUUGGACGCGUGCGAUAAGGAACAGCCCGGCACCCCGGAAACGUAUGCUCCAGAAGACUUGCAAUCCAGGGGCAGUAUCCAGUACACAACGAGGGUGAAACCGGACGUGGAAAACGAUCGGUUAUACGGUUCCAACAACAACAAAAACAUGCUGAUCGACCCACGAGCGGUGACCAAACAUCACGAUGGCAACAUCGUGCUGACGGUCCCCGGCGCGCUCGAACAGCACCUGAGGAACGAUUUGUACAGGUCACCACCGCCGGUUCACCGGGACCAGCAGCAAUCGUUCGCGCACGACAACGGUUACCGGUUCCCGUCGUCGUCGGCCGCCUCGCAACAGAACUUCACCACCAUGUACGCGUACCCCAGCACCAACUACACGUACGGCGGCAACGUGCCGUUUUACAUGCCGAAAACUCAUUACGGCAGUCCGCAGCCCGUCAGAUCGUCCGCCUACGGCAGCAACCACGUGGCCCCGCAGCAGCAGUCGUUCGCCAAUUACCGACCAAUCAGGCAGCCGGCCACGCAGCAUUACCAUCCCUUGCAGUCUAACGGCGCCCCCGGAGGCCAAAUGAUGUUCGACCCCAAGCAGCCGGUCGCGGUCAAACACGGUUACCGGGUGUCCGGCAAACGGUUGCCGCACAACGGCGCCGCCCAUCACUCGGUCGUGUACAAGAAACCCAUUUACAAGUUCACCGGUCAUCAGUCUACAGCUCCGGUCGCAAUAGCCUAUUAUAAUCCCGUGCCACCGGUACCUCACCCGAUUAUGUCAUCCGCGUACCCCGGCCAGUUCCAACACCAACAACAGUUCGUCCACGUGCAACCGCAACAGUUCGUCCACGUGCAUCCACAACAACAACAGCAGCAAUUCGUCCACGCGCAGCCGCAGCAUCAACAUCAACAGCAACCUAGCACGUCGGUUUCGCAGUCGGUCUCGGUGUCGUACUCUUCGUCCAAACACCAAAAUCACCAAGGCGGCGGUGGUGGAAGUGGCUACUCGCAGCCGAUCCAGAGCAGACAAGAACAUCAGUUACAGGGAGGUUUUGACCCCAAUACCGUGGUAAUCGAGAGCGGUUUCAAGCCAAUCUUGCUCAACGGCGAAGACAGCGUUUUCCAAGACAGGUCCGAUGGGGACGCGGACGGCUUAAUCACGGAACCUACGGUCAAGUAUAACGAGAGGAAAAUGAGCAAAAAGUUGAUAUCCAGGAAACUCGCGGCGGCCAAAUACGUGGGAGCUGCGAAAGAAGACAACGAACGCACCGACCGACCGGCGGUACCGGGUAGUACUGCGGCUGCGAACUACGACUACGUCACAGCGAACGUGGACCACGAAAAACGACCGACCGCGGAAAACGCCACGGAAAUCGCGAAACACAAUCCUGCCGAACCUGUCGUUUUAUAAUGACGCAAAUAUGUAGUGCCUAGUUAUUAUUAUCUGUAAUUUACACGUUAUAAUGCCAUAGUAUUAUGCCCUCGUGUCGCGGGAGUUGUAUACUUACAACUUUAAUCAAUUUUUGUAAAGGUAAUUAAAACAUUUUAAUUAUA